AUGGCAGUUGUGCAUCGUGCGUUACUUACAUGGUUCAAUCUUUUAAUUUUCCUGAUUUUACUCAAUUUGAAACUUGAACAGAGAAUACAAUGGAACUGGUUUAUAGUUUUCAUUCCGAUGUGGUUGUACGACCUCAUUCUUAUCGUUUUUGUAGUUUUUAAUAUGAUUUCACAUUGUAAAAAUGGGCGUGUUGUUAAUUUACGCCGGGAAGUGUGGUAUAUGACAGCUGUAUUUAUGAAAUUAAGUGCCCAAAUUAUGAUAUGCUUGAAAUUGGAAGCACCUCAUUGGUUCCUACCAGCAACAGUUGUUCUGACACCAUUUUGGAUUCUUCUAUCAGUAUUAUCAGUUGAUGUUUUUAUUCAUCUGAUACAGCAAUACCAGUUUUGA